AACCGGACGUUGACUUUCGGAGCGAGUUAGAAGCACGCGCGCAAGUUUUGUUUGCAAGCCGCGCAACUCGGGGUGCAGGAGGAGACGCCGAAUUAAAGACAGCCCGUUUCAGUUUAAAAACUCGAAGCACACACACACACACCUAUUCCAAGCUCCGGCGAGCAACACGAUGCUUAGCAUAAAAGUAAGGAUCGCGGCUGAAAAACAAUGAAAAACGAGACCUGCGCUUUUUAUACUAUUUCUUCAGGAGUAGAGCAUGAAAUAAACCCACUGGCAGCAAUUUCACUUCUCCCAGCAACUUGCAAGGACGGAACGCAGUUUGGUUUAUAAGAGGUUCCCCCCCCCCCCCGAUCCUGCAAUGCUUGUUUCGCAAGAUGCCAGCCGAAAGCUCCCGCGCGCGCAGCGAUCCACAACGCGUUCUGUGUUUUAAGUGGGCGCCGGAGCCUCUGAAAGGCGCGCGGACGCAACGAUUCGGCAAGCGAGAAAAAGCGCACGCGGCGCAAAAGGGUGCGCCGCGGAGCCUCCGGACUGCGCCUCCCCACGCCUUCGGAGUUGGAGCGAAGCGAAGCCGCCGCUCCGCCUGGAAACUCCCGUGCGAUCGCCAACCACAAGAUAGUAGCUGUAAACAGUUGAAGAUAAUGAAGAUAAUGCAGAGUACAGAAUCAACCUGUUUCUGCUACAUUCCCAAUGGAGCAGUGUACUUACAAAAUACUUGGUCAACUAUUCAGGUGUCCAUAAACAGCACUGAAUUAUUUCAAGUGGUGUAUAUCCCAGAUGAACGUGAAUGCCAAAAUUCCGAACAUUUCCUAGAUUUUUUGAAGUGCCUGAUUAGCAAUAUUUGGCACCCUAGUGUGUCUAAUCAAACAAUCAUAACAGUGGACCAGUUUGUUGGCAAAACAUGUUUCAGGAUCGAACCGACAAAUAAAGUACUCUUCACUGUGAGCGUACAACAAAAGAUGUUGGAGAGCAAACUCUUUCUGUUAUUUGUUGCUGGUGGACUUCUUUUUCAUUUUGCCUAUAACUUGAGUAGAAGUAAUAUCUUCUACUAUUGUGCUGGGAUAGCAUUUGGCAUUUUCAUACCUCUAGUCUUUCUCGUUUUCAUGCUUAAAAGGUUUAUUCCCAAGCUAAGUACCUUCUGGAUUUUAAUGAGUGGGGGCUGGUUCUCUUCUCUGUAUAUGUUCUAUAUUUCAAGAGAAAAACUGAAAUGGAUGUGGAACAAUUCUACAUAUUAUAUACUGGGGUAUAUUUUAUCAGUUGGAUUGAUCUCUUUUGCUAUUUGCAAGAAGCAUGGGCCAUUCAGCAGUGAGCAAAGUAUGAAUCUCUUGAUGUGGAUGUUACAACUGAAAGGCCUGAUCUUAAUUUAUUUUGGCAUUGCAAUCCCCCAGGUUGCCUAUGCAGUCACAACUGCUAUGCUCUGUACAAAAUUCCUGCAUUAUCCCCUUCGAGCAUCCUGCUACGUUGGCAAAAAAGCUGCUCAGUAUUUCCACCCAGAAAAAUCGGAGCCUCGCUAUCUGACAGAAGACGAAUACCGGGAACAAGGAGAAACAGAGACCGUGAAGGCCCUGGAAGAGCUGCGUGUAUUCUGUAGGAAUCCCACUUUUCCCUCCUGGGUAGCUGUGGUCAAACUGCAAUCUCCACAAAAGUUUGCAAACUUUGUUCUAGGUUCCCCUCAUGUGUCUGCUGAAGAAAUGACAACCCAUGAGGCACAGUAUGGCAUCGGAGGAGCCCUCCUGGAGCAACAGCUUUUCCACCCAGAGACUGAGGCAGAACCAGAGCCCCAAAACACUUCUGAGGUGGAGGAGAGAAACAAAGAGGAAGGACUGAGACUAUUACAACCAAACAUCCGGCAUUUCCACAGUAGAGAAUUUCUUUGAGCAGCUGCCCAGGUCAACAAAAACAUGCAAUAACAUGCUUUUUUGAACUGUAGAGGGCAGUCAAGACAUUUUGAAGGACUUACCAUGACUUCAUUGGUUUCCAGGAAGCAGUUAAGUCUGCAAACCCAUCAUGAUUAGAGUUAUGUAAGGAGGGAAUCCAGGCACAUCUGAACAAUACUGGAUUCAGUUAACGUCUCUGCUUAGAGGAACCAUUUGCUGAAAGUUUGAUGAGGCAGCCUGUGGAAGGCUGGAGCAUGGAAUUCCUCUGAGUUAUUCUGCCAAUUUACAAGCAGUCUCUCUUUUUUUUGGCCUGAUCGUGGAUUCUAAGUUUGCACAUUAACCCAUGGUGUGCUUAACUCUCAUUUGCUGAGUUCACACCAACAUGUUAAGCCAUAACUUUUGGUUUGUAAAUCACAACAGCUGCAACCCAACACAAUCACGUUUGAGACCAAUGACCCAGUGAAGACAACUAAUGUUGGGGAAAUGAGCUGAGAAGUUGAAGUUACUGGUGAUUAACCACUUUAUGGUAAUUAUUUCUCUCCAGUGAUUGGGAUAAGCUGUUUUAAGUUGUUUCAGCAUUUGCAAAUAAAUUGAGCGUUCUAGAUGCUACAGUUGCCACAGGGCACUCAUCUUUAGAAAAGCCCAGGGAAAUGUUGGAGCAUAGUAGUAGCAGCAGCAAUGAAAGCAAAGGAAAUAAUAGGUACCUUGGGCACAAUUCCAAAACAUCUGGAGCACCACUUGAACACCGUCGGAAUAGACAAAAUCACCAUCAGUCAAUUGCAAAAGGCAGCUUUACUUGGAACAGCUCACAUCCUGUGACGGUACCUUUUAACACCAUCGAAUAUCAUCUGCCUAUCCAAAGUCCUUGGAAAGGACUCAAUAGGUGGAUAAAAAUGCCAAAUCCAGUCUAGAUGUCUGGUAGAGGGUGUGACCAACAAAAAUAAAAUUUAUUAAAUAAUAUGCCACCCAACUCAUAGUGACUUAGGGGCUAGUAGUACAAGUAGGACAGAACUAGUGUUUACUCCUGUGUACAUGGAGCCCUAAAUCCCAAAACCUUCCAAGUCCACAAGAGGGAUUUGCAUUGUUCCCACGUUUCUGCAGAUUGCAAGGUCUUUUGGUUGGUUAUUUGUUUGUCUUUGGUCAGUUGUUGUUUUUUUCUUGAUAUACUUUGAUGUUUUUUCUGUAAGUCACAUGGUCACUAUGGAGUCAGGCAGCCUUGAAACUGAAGUACCUAAAUGAAUGUAUGAAAGGCUUAGAAGCAUAUCUGUAAGGAAAGACAGUUAAGGAAAGACAGUUAAGUUUUGCUUUGGCUCCAACCAGCUGAUUUAGGAUAGAGGUCUUAGAAACAAGAAAAGGGAACCAAGGAGAUCUUGUUUAAUUACUUCAUAUUAGUCUAGCAUACAAGAUUUAAAGUUUGCUGUAAUGUAAUCAUGAUCUCUCUGAUUAACCUAUCCCACUGGCUUUUGUGAAGAUUUAAAAAAUGGAGAGGUCGUCUUAUAUACCUUGAUUUUUUAAAAAGUUGAAGUAUAAAUGUAAACAAUAUGUAUGUGUGUCGAUUGAUGCAUUGCUGACAAAAUGCACUGUGGAGUAAUUAGAGAAUUGUUUGGAUUUUGUAAAUCCCAACUUCUUUUUAAUAUUCACUUUCAAAUAAAAUGAGCCAUUGUAAAUAGA